AUGAGGUUUUACUCACUAGGCAUUUCCUGCCUUAUGGCAGCAGCAUCUUGCGUGCCUGCUGUAUCUGCUGCUGUAUCUGAUGAUGCUAGCAACGCUGCUGCGGCUUUUCUUUCUACCAAAUCCUUUGAGACUCUUCCUGCCCCAGCGUCUGUUGAAACUCCGAAUCGUGCAGCCAUUAAGGCCGCUCUACUAGCUGGAAACUAUACUUCCCCGAUCAAUUCUACCACUAGAAGCCGCUGCCCUUCAAGCUGCAGCAAGGCGGGAGUUGAUUCCAGUGACUGGUUUGCCUACCAUAGUGUUGGCCGUCUCAACCUAUGCAACGAGACGAUGCUUCUUGACUUUUCCUUGCUCAGCGAUUUCGAAAGUCCGGGAUCAAAAACCAAAAUCUCAGCCUGUACAGCGGACCUGACUUCAACCAAUGGGCCAGAGUCGAACAUUACUACAUGUAAUCGAGACGAUGUAAACUACACCGAAGUCACCUCUUCUUUGCAGAUGAUUUCUUCCGGUACUUCUUCUGCCGCCAGCCUGCCCGCCGUUUCCAAUGCCCUAGCACAAUUGCAGGCAUUCUCAAGCCUAUCUAAUGGGGACUGCAAUGAAAGAAUCUACCAUGCCUACUCUACUGAGGCGGCAGUUGGCGUUUACGUCGGGUCAAACCUAGCUCCUCAAGGCGUCAUCGACUCCGUCCUUGACCAACUUUCCACUGCACUGGAGAACGACGGAAGCGUUCCAACAAGUGUCGCUGUCCAGCUAUGCGAUGAUAAUGGUUUAUCCAGAUACUCUCUGGGAGUGUUUAUCAGCACCGAAGCCGAUCUGUCGACCGCUCAAAAUGCCGUCCAGACCUGGAAGAAUGGCAGUUGCCUCACCACCAUGGAGGACACAGUUCCUGCUUGGCAAAACAUCACUUUUCUAGCUCCAAGCAUCGUCCAUCACUCCAGUAAUAGCAGCGUGGCAUAUAGUAAUGUCACUUCAGCCGUUCUCAAGUCUCGCAACAAGCUCCUCGCCCGUGACACAUGCAGCACUAUUCAGGUUCAGUCAGGAGAUACGAGCACAUCCCUGGCCACUGAAUGUGGCAUCACAGCCGAAAAGUUCAUUGAGUACAACCCAAAUUCCACGCUAGCUACGGGUGAGAAUGUCUGCUGCAGUGCAGAAUCGCUCCCUCAUUUUGCGCCCCAGCAAGACAGCAACGGGACCUGUUAUUCCUACACCGUUGUGAGCGGUGAUCUCUGUUCUACACUCGCAGCGACUUAUGACAUUACCGUGGAUGAUAUCGAAACUUGGAACAAUGAAACCUGGGGCUGGACAGGCUGCACUGAUCUGAUUAUCGGAGACCUUAUAUGUCUCAGCUCUGGUUAUCCCCCAAUGCCUGCGCCGAUUGCCAACGCUGAGUGUGGACCACAGGUACCCAAUACGCCUACAGCACCGGUGGGUUCCAAUUUUAGCACAUUGAACGAAUGUCCUUUGAAUGCUUGUUGCGAUAUCUGGGGCGAGUGUGGCACAACAGCCGAGUUCUGUACCAUAUCCUACUCGAGCACAGGCAACCCUGGUACGGCUGCGAAAAACCAAAAUGGAUGUAUCUCAAACUGUGGGACCGACAUUAUCACAUCCACUGCUCCAGCGCGCCAGUAUACUAUUGCAUACUUCGAGGGUUUUAAUUGGCAACGACCGUGUCUAAACGGAGGUGUGCAAACCCUCAAUACGUCGGCCUACACGCAUGUUCACAUGGGUUUUGCUACAAUCAACCCAGAUUGGUCCAUCAACACGACCGACAUAGACCCGCAGCUUCCAUACCUGGAGGAUCUUCAAGGGGUUAAAAAGAUUUUAUCUAUUGGAGGCUGGUCUUUCUGCACGGACCCUAGCACUUACAUGAUCUUCCGGGACGUGGUCGCUUCCGAGUCAAGUCGGUCAACACUGGUCAACAAUAUCGUAACUUACAUGAAUGACAACAAUCUGGACGGUGUCGAUAUAGAUUGGGAAUACCCCGAUGAGCCUGAUUUUCCUGGUAUUCCUGCGGGGACUCCAGAAGACAGUACCGGGUACUUUUUGCUCCUCGAACAACUCAAAGAAGGUAUUGCGGCAAAUGCUACGGGUAAAACAAUCUCAAUCACAGCUCCUGCAUCUUUCUGGUAUCUGCAAUACUUCCCCAUCCUGGCCCUAAGUAGCGUCAUUGAUUACAUUGUUUUCAUGACAUAUGACCUUCACGGGCAGUGGGAUUACGGUAAUGCUUAUUCGGACCCGGGCUGCUCUGGUGGUAACUGUCUACGCUCGCACGUGAACCUGACUGAAACCAUCAACGCCUUGUCCAUGAUCACCAAAGCCGGUGUUCCUUCCAACAUGGUAGCAGUUGGCGUGGCCAGUUACGCUCGCAGCUUUGAAAUGACCACUGCGGGCUGCUGGACGGACAUGUGUACUUAUACUGGACCGACUUCAGGGGCUCUUCCAGGACCCUGCACCGAUACGGCCGGAUAUCUCGCUGACUACGAGAUAGACCUGGUGACUUGGGAGAACCCAACUGUCGAGCAUUACUUUGAGGAGACAUCCUACUCAAACAUUUUGGUGUACAAUGAGACGCAGUGGGGUGCCUAUAUGAACGGCACGAACAAGGCGACUCGCAAGAUUAUCUACGAAUCCCUCAAUUUUUUGGGCACCUCUGACUGGGCGGUCGAUUUGCAGGCUCUCUUUGCUGGAGAUAAUGACACGAGCAGCAACAACUCAUCGGAUUCCGAAACUAUCUACAUUGAUCCUGAUAUCUGGAAUUCCCCUUCUGCUGUGGUGACAGCACCGCCGGGAGCGACGCUCAUCUGGCCACCAAAGCCCCUGGCCACCACAACCACGAUUGAAUUCCCGCCGUGGACUACCACCAUCUCGUAUUCAUCUUUGACAACCUCUACAAGUACUCUAACAGACGGUUCGACGACGACAUUCCCGUGGUAUAUCUACGUUCCCAUCCCUACCGUGAUUGCUAUUCCUCCAGUUACGACCACAGCAAUUCCUGUCUGGGCCGUAUAUCUCAACUCGAGUUCUACAGGGGGAGAUAUCCACGUCACAAGCUCUGUGCAGCCACCGCCUUUCCCAGUGGUUGUUACUCCGGUUAUGAAUGGGACAAUAUCCGUUAUCAAUCCCACUACCACAUCCACCAGCACAGGAGGAAUUUUUAUCUGGGGCGACCAGACCGAAUCGCUGCCUGCAGGAACCGAGACGAUUGGAAGUAGUACGACGGUCGUCGGCGGCACCACCUUGUCAGCAACGACGACUACCGUGACGCCAAACCCGCAUCCCACAACCACACAGACAACCACUGACCCGGCAUUGAAUUCGGGCUCGACCGGGUGGAAAUCAGGCAAGACAGGUUCACCGACAGCUUCCGCAGGCUGCUCUGGAUGUGGUAAAUCUUGUACCUUUGGCAACACGGGCAGUAGUAGCGGUAACAACCCUAACCCUAACGACGACAGCUCAACUACGGGCACAGCGUCGGGCACCACAUCGACGGGCACGUCGACAGCUGCCAGCGCAACGGUGUAUCUCGCUCAGACUGAUAUGGGCGAUACCAUGGCGACGGUGACCCCGGAUUUGUCGGUCCUUGCUUCACUGGAGUCCGCCGAUAUUUCAAUGUGGAAUUCCGCAUUUCCCAGCGACCAAGUUGCCGCUACCACCACUACUACGAGUAGUACUAGUACCACGCAAGCGUCAACAACUUCCACUACGUCUGCAGCUCCUUCGCCGACAGCUGAGUGCUAUUUCUGGGACGAAGAUCUCAUUGCUUACCAGUUCAAAAUCUUCAACAUUGAAGGCUGGGCAACGGACGGUGGUGCGAGUCUCCAUAAACAGGAGGACGGCUGCGGUGCUCUUACGUUCUGGACGUGGUAUGAUGCAACAUCAACCGAGGAUGCGUAUGUGUAUUUUGAUCUUCCCUUCUUCAUCAAGUCAGGUUGUGUGGAGAGGGCGAUUGUGUCUGCUGGAGGCCCAAAGUUGUCUUGCAAAGGACAGGGCACAGACUUUCCCCUCCACAAAAGAUCAUUGGAUGAGCGUGCAUCGAACGCUUCAGGGCCAGUUCCACUACCUCUGACAGACGCUAAGCUUUAUGCGCUGGGGAUUGUUUAUGGGAAUAAUACUGGCUCAUUCCAACAAUAUGUUCCUAUGAAUUGGACUGAGUCUGGGUCAUCAUAG